CGGAAAAUUUGUAAACAAACAAUUUUUUUUAACAAAAACACUGAUUCGCCACUCGCCUGCCCCGGCUUAUCUGUUGCUCCUGCCGCUUUACUUUUUGUGUGACUGCUGCUGUUGGAAAUAAAGUGUGGGCAUUGUACUUCCCAAAAAUGAUUGCCGGUGGACACGGGGAUCCAAAUCCCAACACAUCCUGGCUAGAUUCACGCGGACUGUGGCUCGCGUACGUGCUGGGUAUCCUGAUGUUUCACAUCGUGCUGCUGGCGAUACCGUUCGUGCAGAUUCCGUACGCCUGGACCAUCACAAAUGUGACGCACAAUUUGGCACAUCUUUACUUUCUGCACUCGAUAAAGGGAGCCCCUUGGAUGAGCAUUGAUGCGGGCGAAAGCCGUAGGUACACCCACUGGGAGCAGAUUAACUGUGGAGAACAGUUUACGGCAACUAGGAAGUUUCUCACAGCGGCCCCUAUUGUGCUCUUUCUGCUCACGUGUCUGUACACACGCAAUGAUGUCGAACACUUUAUCGUCAAUUUUAUUUCCUUGGCGGUAGUGCUGGUUCCAAAAUUGCCACAAUUCCAUGGCGUACGUCUGUUUGGUAUCAACAAAUAUUGAACCAACUCACAGGAGAGAAGAAAAUCAACGUUCACAGGGUACCAAAUCGCGCAUCGAUUGGCGAACCGAGUUUGCGGUUCGACAAUGGACUGGCAAACAGAAGGCAUGUCUCAAAUUGUAACCGUUGGACUUCACUAUCUGGGUACUGUAUAUUUUAAAGAGAGAUAUAGUUUAUCAUAAUCGUGUGUGUGCUCAUUGCUUGCGAACUAAUAUUUGGCAUUCCACUCGUAAGUUCCGUUGAAACUGAGAGGCACCAUGUUAUACGAUUGAGAUUGUCAGUGUACUGUAACGCAAAAAGAAGCUGUUCUUUUAAAGAUGUAUAUUGUGAUUAUUGUCAAAUAAAUCUCAUGAACGCUAUCAGUCA